UUCAGUGAUCACCUCAAUGAGGGGAGUCACUCUGCGAAGGACUGCAGGGAGCGGAUGACAGGCGUCUGAUAAACUUUGCUUCUGAAUCCCUAAAGGAAGAAAAACACCUUUUAUCAAUUUCUUCUUUCUGUCUCUGGCUUAUUUUACAGUCUUUCACCUCGACUUCUUUGAACAUAAUUUCUCUGUAUCACUAUGGAUAUUGGUGGCCUGACAACAGUGGUGGCCAACUCUGCCUACAUCUCUGCCCGUGGGAGCUUCGAUGGCACUGCCAACCCGGCUGUCAAUCGGGACAAGAAGUACCGGUCCCGCCUGAAGCUGCCUCACAUCACAGUUUGUGAAGGUCUGCGUGAAACUUUAGAUCUGGGCUUCCUCACGGUCUGUGUGGAGCAACCCAUUGGCAAACGCCUUUUUCAGGAGUUCUUGGAGUCCAACAAUGAGUACAAGGGCCCCUGCCGUCUGUGGAAGGAUAUUGAGGAAUACAACAUGGCUGAAGAUGAGGACAGAGCACAUAAAGCCAGCAAGAUCCUGUCUCGGUACAUGGAGCCUGAUGCCAAGUAUUACUGCCCCUUUCUGCCGGAAAAUGGCAUCACAAAGGUCAAAGAGAAACACCAAGAGGCCGGAGAUGAUCUUUUCAAUGAGACUAUGGACAACGUGAUGGAUUUUCUGAAAGAAGUGCCCUACACUUUCUUCCUGGAGAGUAUGUAUCUGAAGAGGUUCCUGCAGUGGAAGUGGCUGGAGAUGCAGCCCAUAGGAGAGGACUGGUUUUUGGAUUUCCGUGUUUUGGGUAAAGGUGGUUUUGGGGAAGUGUCCGCCUGUCAGAUGAAAGGCACAGGAAAACUGUAUGCCUGCAAGAAGCUCAACAAGAAGAGGCUAAAGAAGAGAAAAGGUUAUGAGGGGGCGAUGGUGGAGAAAAGGAUCCUGGCUCGAGUUCACAGCAGAUUUAUUGUCUCUUUGGCUUAUGCCUUCCAGACAAAAAUCGAGUUAUGUCUGGUCAUGACCAUCAUGAACGGAGGAGAUCUGAGGUAUCACAUCUACAAUGUGGAUGAGAACAACCCAGGCUUUGAUGAGCCAAGGGCCUGUUACUAUGCUGCACAGAUUAUCCAGGGCAUGGAGCACCUCCACCAGAAGAGGAUCAUCUACAGAGACCUGAAGCCAGAGAAUGUGCUGCUGGACAAUGAGGGUAACGUACGAAUCUCUGAUCUUGGUCUGGCUGUGGAGUUGGUUGAUGAUCAGUUCAAAAUCAAGGGCUAUGCUGGGACUCCGGGUUUCAUGGCUCCCGAGCUUCUUAAAGGAGAAGAGUAUGACUACUCUGUGGAUUAUUUCACUCUGGGGGUCACACUCUAUGAGUUCCUGACUGCUAAGGGCCCUUUCAGGACUCGUGGAGAAAAGGUGGAGAACAAGGUGUUGAAGAAACGGGUACUGAAUGAUCCUGUAACCUAUCCAGAAAAUUUCAGCGAGAGCGCCCGGACCCUCUGUGAGGGUCUGCUGUGCAAGGAGGUCGACAAGAGGCUCGGUUUCAAGGAUGGCUCGUGUGACGAGCUGAGAGCUCACCCCUUCUUCCAGGAAAUUAACUGGAGGAAACUGAAUGCAGGAAUCCUGACUCCCCCUUUCGUGCCAGAUUCCAAGACGGUGUACGCCAAGGACCUGGACAAUGUCGGCGCCUUCUCCACGGUGAAAGGCGUGGCUCUGGAAGACGCAGACAAGGAAUUUUUUGAUGAGUUUGCCACAGGGAACAUCCCCAUCCCCUGGCAGGAGGAGAUGAUAGAGACCGGGAUCUACGGAGAGCUCAACAUGUGGGGCCCCGGUGGCACCCUGCCCAAUGACCUGCGGCGAGAAUCCAUCCUAGAGCAGCCGCCCAAGUCCUCUACCUGCACGGUGUCCUGAAAGUUCAAGAUGACGACGAAGAAAACCCCUCCUCUUUAUAAAUGGUUUUGCAUAAACAUAUGCGUAUGUACUGAACACUUUUCAUCCAGGAAGUCAGUGAGGUAACAUUUAUGUCAUUAAUGGUUCUUUUUAUUUAAGCAGUGCACAUGUAAAGAUGAUUAUAGGAUUUUUGAACUGUUAUUACUCUUUCGGCAUUUAAUCUUUCAUCAUGCUGCUUUAAAAACCUUUUUUUGAACCAAAAAUGUUUUUCUUCUUUAGUAAAAACUCUUUUCUUGCAAUAUAUUCUUAAUGGUUUCUAACACUGUCACAACUGUUUGAGUUAUGUUGAAUAAAAAGCAAGAACAACAGCGCAUUUUAUUUUCAUGCCAUUACAUUUGUGUCUGCUGAGCUUGCAGCUGUUUCUCUUAUGAACUUGUACAUAUUUCUCUUAGUUUUUAUCAUUCUGUCUUAUUCUGCUUCUCCAAUGUAUCAUAAUAGUUUCUUAUACGUUUAAAGAAUCAUGUUUACUGCUGUAUAGAUGUUUCUAAAUUCAAAUAAAUACAUAAUUUUGCAUUUAAA